UUUAUUCACUGCCUUCCUCCUGAUUGGUCUCCUUUGUUUUCUUUUGUUUUUCUCCGCCCAUGUACUGCUGUCCUUGGGUAUGAAUGUGUGAUGGGAGACAAGAGUGGAGUGAUUAUUAUUCUCUUAGUGGAUGCAGCCAGCAGGUCUUGGAAGUGGGAGAGAAGUUGCUGCCCAUCACGAAGUGUUGCUGCCUAGUGUGCUGUGCUGCUGCCUAGUGUGCUGUGCUGCUGUCCUUGGUGCUUUGUGUAGAGUGGAGCUGCUGUCUUCCAGGUGAAACAGGCGUGCAUUGCUGUCCAGGUGAGAGGAAAAGGUGCAGAAUGGUGCAUGCUGGCCGAAUGGAGCUACAGGUCUGGCUUGGGCGUGAGGUGCUGUCCAGCAGGUGGCUGCCCACGCUCUUGGAGGGAAUCGGUCAGCUUUGGAGUUGCUGUCCGAAUGGUGCUGCUGGCGUGGAGGAAGCUGCCAGGCGUGUCCUGCUGCCCAUGCUGUCCAUUCGGUGCUUCAGCUCCCAAGUCUUGUGCUGCUCUUCACGUGUUGUCCAAGUGCAGAAGAGAGUUGCUGCUGUCCCCUUGAGUGGAAGGAGGGAUGUUGUUUCCAGCAGCACUCGAAUAAGUGCUAGACAAGAGUGCAAUUCAGUGCAUGGGUUUUGGAGGUGCAAGCAUGCAUUUCCUUGUGCUUCCCUUUUGGUUUCACGCAUUGCUAUAGCCCAAAGAACAUUCUGGAUUUCACCUCCACGUGCACUACUUUUGGUUGCCAAGUUCACAUCCGUAAUUGGGACUUAAUCCCAUUUCUUUGCAAUUCCUUCAUAAAUACCAUUAUUUUCUUCCAA